GUUUUCCUUCAGAAAAAUUAAGUUUAGUUGUAGAGUAGAUUCUGUAACGAGAGCAGUCGGCUUUACCUGUAACGAAGCAGCAACAGAAGUGAUGAAGAAACCGGCAAUUCUUUACCAUUACCCAUGCCCUGAUGGAGCUUUUGCCGCUUUGGCUGCUCAUCUUUAUUUUUCUUCUCUACCUAUAACUCCUCUUUACUUCCCCAACACUGUUUACUCUCCCAUCAGGGUGGAGGACCUUCCUCUUAAUCAAAUUGAUCAUGUUUACCUCUUGGAUUUUGUGGGUCCUUCUGGUUUUAUUCAGCAACUCAAGUCAAAAGUUGAACGUGUUGUUGUAUUGGACCAUCACAAGACUGCAAAAGAGCUGUUAGGUGGAGGGACAUCUGAGACUGAAAAUGUGAGCAAAGUGAUCGACAUGGAUAGAAGUGGGGCUACUAUUUCUUAUGAUUAUUUCAAAGAGAAGCUCAUAACCGGAAACAAUAAUGAAGCUGCUGACGGCAAUGCAGUAAAGAUUGGUGAAUUUGACAGAGUCAGGAGAUUAUUCGAAUAUAUAGAGGACAGAGAUUUGUGGAGAUGGAAACUCCCAGACAGUAAAGCAUUCAGCAGUGGGUUGGAUGAUCGCCAUAUUGAAUAUGAUGUCAAUUUGAAUCCCUCCUUGUUUCAACAGUUGCUUGCUUUGGAUCUAAAAUCUGUUGUAGAGCAAGGAAAGAUAAGCUUGUCCUACAAACAGAAACGUAUAGAUGAGGUCAUUGAGCAAUCAUUUGAGAUAGCACUUGGAGCUGGAGCGUUUGGUUGUUGCCUGGCAGUUAAUGCAGAUUCUUUGCCUGAGCUAAGAAGUGAGCUUGGGAACCAGUUGGCAGUCAAAAGUCGUAAUAUGAAGUUGAGGGGUAUUGGAGCUAUUGUUUAUAAGGUGCCUGAGCUUGAAAACAAUGAGAUGUUAAAGGUUAGCCUGAGGAGCAUUGGUGAUGAAGAUACGACAUCUAUCUCCCAGGCAUUUGGUGGCGGUGGGCAUCGAAAUGCCAGUUCAUGUAUGUUAAAAUGUGCUGAGUUUGAGAAGUGGAAGGUUUCAAAUAGGACCUCGACAUAGGUGAAGUACUAUUGCCCUGAAGAUCUAACUGAAGUUUGGCCCUUUCUCUUAGGCCGACAACUAGGUCUCAGGUAAAGCCCACAGUCAAAAUUGAAUGCUGGAGCUUCUGUGGUACCUUCCUUUUGCGCACAUGAUCCUACUAACUAUUUGCUUUACAUCUUUUGUCCCAUGAUGAUGGAAGUAAGAAAAUCCUCGACCCCUAAUAUAGAGGGGUUGUUUGGUUCCUGGCUAAAGUAUCUCAGGAUUAUAAUUGUUGGACUAAUUUAUCCCACUUGGAAGGUGGGAUAUCUUGGGAUUAAAUUUUUACUUUGUUUGGUUAAAGAUUGAAAUUUAUCAUCAAAGUAUAAAUUUAAUUACAAACUUAAUCCUGAGAUACCCCACCUUAGGAUAUGUAUGAUUGCGUUUUUGCUCAUGCUAGACUUCAGACCCUCUUGUAGUGUCAACUUUAUAGUCAAAGGUGGUCUAUGUAGUUUUUCUUUUUAAUGUAAGCAACGACCUUCCUGGUCAAAAAGAAUGCCGAAAACUAAUUUAUGGCUAAUGAAAAAAAGAAUUAGUUCUAUA